UGCAUUUAUCUGGCCCACGAGUGCUGCAAACAGAUUUCGCGUCAAGUCAUAUAAACUAAACCAUUAGACAAGUUCCGCAGUUAGGCACUGAAAGGUCUUACUAAGCGCACGACAAAAUGCUUCCGGGAAUGGUDUUAGUUCUACUCGCUACGGCUCAAGGCCUUGCACCACCGUUACAAAAAACAGCAACUGUAAUUCCACAAGAUGCAAACAUUACUGUCGAUUCGUAUCCUCAAAAUCGAUCUAUUCCAGAAAGAAGCCCUGACAAAGUCAUUCCGAAUAGUGACAACCGGCGAGCAGGCUGUUCAAACUGCGGCAGAAAUACCCUGCCAUCCAAAGCAGCAAUGGAAUAUAGAAUACGACUCGACGUUAUUAAACAACAGAUCCUCCAAGGUCUACAGAUGAGUGAACCUCCAAAGAUUAAACGACGAGAUUUUAAUGUCCCUCCACCACUGUUAAAGAAAUUCCAGGAAGCGAAAGACAGACAAAGACAAAUAGACGAACAACCGCCAGAAAUUAAGACCGAAGUAGUCCUACUUGGAAGCAAAGUUUCACAACCAAGACGAUCGAAGUUGUUCGCCAUUGCCAGGAAGCUCAAGUUUGAAUUCCACGUCUCUUACAAAGUCUAUAUUACAAAAGUACACUCUGCCACCUUAUGGCUGUACCUUCCWAAGUCCCGCAGAAGACAAAGUAAGACAACUGUCACGAUAAAAGAGGCAAACAACGACGUAGAAAACCUGGUCAAGGAAAUAAACGAAAAAGAUGGCGAGUGGGUUUCUAUUGAAAUUCAAAAGAUUGUYAAAUCCUGGAAAAGGCGCGCUUUGAGUGAAGACAUACGCGAAAUGAACCAGAAUAAAACCCUUGAAAUCACGUGCUCAAAUUGCGAGAAUCUGAACGAAGAAGCAAUUGGAAGCAACAGUACCGCACGCCCAUUCAUAGUAAUUGAUGUGGUAAGUGUAAUGGCCAGGAARAAACGUUCCAUUAACUGUAGACCAGGAAUUAGGUCCUGUUGUCUUCAAGAAUUGUAUGUGUCGUUCGCUGAUAUGGGCUGGGACAACUGGAUCUUGAUCCCUGAAGGAUUGAACGUGAACUACUGCACAGGAUCGUGCUUUGGCCAUAUUCUACCAGUUUAUUCACACUCAGGUCUUUUACAAAAAGUGGCAUUGCAGAAAGGGCGUAAAGACAUGGCACCAUGUUGCUCUCCCACCAAACUCGCGCCUUUAUCUAUUUUGUACUUUGACCCAUACGAAAAUAUUUUCCAGCAAGACAUCGAGAACAUGACUGCGCUAAGGUGCGGCUGUUCAUAACAAAACUGCAAAAAAAAAAAACUAAAAGUCGUUUCGUAGUGGGUACAAUUGACAUGAGGCAAGAGACUGUAGUUCAAUGACAGUUGCGUCUGCAAAGCAAACAGAUGAACGGCAUUAGAUGGUCGUUUUGUAGACUUUGUACUUUGGAUGACCAGUCAGUUGCUGGACAAUGUGCUGGACCUCCAUCAUAUGAGAGUUGCCGCUGCACACAAAUACGCGAGGAACUGAGGAUAUAGUUUAUAUUGUGUAAGUUAUAGCGGUCAUUUCAGCAAUUCUGAAAAGCCAGUUCAUUAUUUGAACGCUAAACCAGUUUUUCUGCCCCACGCAGGGGAAAAAUGCACCUUGAUGUUAGUAGAGAUCAUCCAAGCAMACACAGCGYAAAAUGAUCUWGUGUUUGUAAUUUGCAGGAAAAGAAUCCUCAGGAUUUGAUCUAGGCUUGUUUGUUUACACAAAGUACAAGUACUUGUAGUAACUGCCUCAAAGGCUUUCGUUUUAUAGUGUUCUUGAUAUGAAUGUUUAGUGAUAUUUAAGUAGCUUAAUGUAGUGUUUCAAAUCCUUACAAAAAUCCAUCAUUAGCAGCUAAAACUAAUAAUUUUCAUGGGCGUUUUUAUUGCUUUCAGUCUUCGAAGGUCAAAAUUUGCAUUAGUUUGUUAUUUCUGUUUUGGGAUAGCUUCUCAAAUUAAUGAGUUAAAGCUGGAAUUCACGGUUGCAUUAAAGGUCAAGCGUUUUUACGCAGCGUGUAUAAAGCUGAACAAUACGAUAUACUGAAAGAUGUCUUCAUCGACCUUUGAUUUAGAAAGGCCCGCUUCAUAGGACAGCGGGCUAUACKAAAAUUACUUUCAUUGCAUUUCUUUAUUUUAAUGCCUGAUUUUCUUGAAUACAGAGUUAAACGGCAAAAUCCGGAGCAGUUACUGCGUUGACGGUCACGCCCCUCGGUAUCACAACAUAGAAUAAAUUCUGCUCUCUCUCUGAUCGGAAUACUACGUUCCAUGUCACUGUAUACGACCUUUUAACUUAUCUUUCAAGUCUAACGUUAGCAUGUUUGAAUGGUUGCCAGCAUAGUGCGUAACAGUUUGUAGUUUAGUCAGCCGAUAAACUGUUGAUGAUUUUAUUUGAGGUUCGCGAUCUUUACCCCUAAGCAGCGCCAGUAAGUUUCAUUCGAACGAUGUUUUAAUCUACAAUCAAUUUCAACUUUUGACCCUAAACAUUUCUUUAAGCCUCAAAUUAUAUACAGAUAUUUCRCUCUGYGUUUCUAGAAAUUUCUGAUUUGCUAUACGAAAUCUGCAAGUUCAUUUGUAGUGUGACUUUUUUUGAUUUCGGACAGUCCGCACUUGUUGUUUUGYCAUGUCAAUCUAGGCGAGAAGACAGAUAUUUUUAUCGUAAAUGUAAUAAAUUUCAAAUWUGAGUGACAAAAAUUAGCAGCAAUCUGUUAUUCCGGCGUCGCAAAGUAUGAUUUUUAAAUGACGUUUCUUUAUCGACAUUGUUACAAUGAUUCCAUUUUAAAUUUUGUCCUUAAAAGGGCAAUGCAUAGCAAUCGUGAAUACAGUUUGAACUYUCAAUGAACUAUAACUAAUAUCUGAUAACUGUUUUUAGAUUACUCGGCUCGUAUUCUAUGUCAUUGCAAUAAUGACACCGAAUACGUAAACUUUAAUAGAUUUUGACUAAAACUACAUUACAUAACAUUUUUGACGUUUGCUCUUAAAUGUAACAAGUUUGUGAAAAAAAACAUUUGUUAAAAGAGCAAAAAAUAAUAUGUUUAAAGUUUUAUGGGGUUUAAAUGACUCUAUGUUAGAAACCUUCAACAUGUUGAAUUAUCUUUGAAUAUUGAACGAAAGCUCGGAAAAAGUAUUGGACAAGCUGAUCAAACAUAGCUGUUAGAGAAAAUUGUAGAGAGUGAAGGUACUUAACCCGUGAAAUAGACUAAUAUACCUUAGUAGUCAAGUAAUUGUUUUUGUUGGUGUCUACUUGACUAUUACACCUUUUAAAGAAUACAUUACAUCCGUGAAGCAUUUUGUAAGAAAUUCAUAUAAACUGAACAAGCCGAAAUUUAUACUAAUUUCAAGUUGAAUCCCAAAAAGGGAAUAGACGAGUACACGGUACGCUCUUGUUUCAUGGGUUUUCAAAAUGACUUCACUCUAGAAAACUUUCUCACGAUGAUACAGUGAAACGAACACUUGGUUAUUUCACGCGAGGUUAAUGUCUUCACUCUAAAUCUGAGCAUUACCACGAUUUACGGAACUUUCAGCGAUCGCUGACAAUUUUACCAAGUCAACUAAUGCUCAGGUCCAUAGGAAGCAGAAAACAGAAAAAUAACGUUAGAGUUAACGAUUUCUCAGACAAAGACAAGGGAAAACUCCCAAUAGGAUUGUAAUUUCUUCUCGAAAUCACUAGAAAUGAAUCGAUUGUGUUUUUUUCUAAAUGUGUGAAUGAUAGUAGAUAGAAUUGAUUGAACUGUGUUAGAUGAUCUGAUAAUAUCAGUGAGUUUAGAAAAUAAAUGAAUCAUUGUUUACAUGCGAA